AUGUUUAACGCAUUGAGUGCGCCAAAGAUGAUUGGACGACUCAUUCAUAAAAGAUUGAAAUCUUCACUUUCUCGACCAACAACCGUACUAGUGUUCCCGGGCCAGGGCGUCUUCAGCGUUGAACAUCUGGACUUUCUCAGCAAACGGGUACACGUUGAAGGUGUUGAAGAAUUGUUGGAAGAAGCAGAUGACGCGCUGGGAUUCACCAUCUCGAGAUUUGUGAGAGAUCCGAAGGCGAAUUUGGGUGGUUACAUUGAAUCUCCUAUACAAAAGACCAGCAUCCAACAACCAUUGUUGCUGCUCACCACGAAGCUGCUUGCCAAAGUGAUCCGGGAAGAGCAUGGUGUUGAUAUGUUCAAUGAUCCUGUUGUCAAGCCUCAUUAUCUUCUGGGACAUUCCCUCGGGGAAAUUAUUGCUCUGGUCAUGCAAGACGUAAUUGAUUUCAGAGAUGGCAUCAAGUUUUGUUCGCAGAGAGGCAUGUUGAUGGAGAAAUGUGUCGCUUCUUACUACCAGGUUGGUGAUCCGCAGAGGGUAUCUGAAGAUCAAUUCAAAAUGUUUGCGCUCGUCUUCCCGUCACAAAUAUUUGACCACGUUUUGAAAUUUCUGCGGAACCAAGAUCAAAUAAGCCUGUCGAAUAUAAACAACUUUCAGCAGAUAGUUAUAUCCGGACUGGAAUCGAGCUGUUUAGUGGUGGUUAGCAGACUCAAGGAGCAUCUGGCUGAGCUGAAGCUCAAAGCCAGAAUUAGGGCCAUUGAUUUGGAUGUGAAAGUUCCCUUCCACAAUGAUAUUUUGAGCCCUGUUAAGGGAGGAUUGGAUCAAAUGUUACAGGCAUAUAUAGGUGCUCCAAUACUGGGAAAUAAAAUUGGUUAUAAGCCGGGAGAGAUGAAAUUUCCGGUGGUGUCAAAUCUGGAUGGAUGCAUCCAGACUUAUGCUGAAGACCAGAUAAGGAACAUCAUCGAUGUGACAUCUCGUCCCGUGAACUUUCUGAAAUGUUUGCAGACAAUACAGGAGCUUUCUGAGGAGGUUAAAUAUAUCAAUUUCGGGAGUGUGACCUCGGGAAUUAUCUCAAAGUUCGUGAGCGAUAAGAGGUCAGGCGUGCAUGCAGGAAGCUGCACGAACAUAGCGCUGGAUACUGAAGAGGGUCUAAAAACGAUCCGUAAAACGAUUCAGAACGCUUCUCAAUCUACAUAG